AUGCUCUCUCCCGAGUUAAAGGAUGAGUCUCAGUGUGAGGACACUGUACCCACCUUGAGUUAUUGCUGGCGACGGGGGUGGGUGAGGGGCUCGCCCUCCACGGAGCUGCACACCACCCACAAGCACAUGACUAGCACUCCACUCCCUCCCCUCAUCCUCCGUUCUCCAGAAUCGCGCUCGCCGCCCGUGGGCCUGAUGGGUUUUUCUUUUGUGCUUUCGUCCACCAAGGAUCAGGCUCUUUCUGGAGCUUGCGGGGAAACAGUCACUCAACACUUUCACACUUGCCUAGGUCCUUCUGUCAGAGUCAUCUGA